GAUCGGCCGGGCUCGGUAAAUUCCGUAAAUCGAGAAGGGAUUUACUCCAAAGAGGCAGGACAAGAUCGUAGUUUACUGUGCAUCGAGCGGCUGCGAGCUCGCGAUGAAACUGCGGUAAACAAACUCACCGCUGUGAAGAUCUGCAGUGAUUCAGAGUUGCAAACAUCUCAUUUACGGUGCAGAAUCUGUAAUCCAUAAGCUGACAGGAUGGUGGCGCUGUCUCUGAAGAUCUGUGUGAGACAGUGUAAUGUGGUGAAGACGAUGCAGUUUGAGCCAUCAACGGCUGUGUACGAUGCAUGUCGGGUCAUCAGAGAGAGGGUUCCAGAAGCCCAGACAGGACAAGCUUCAGAAUAUGGGCUGUUUCUGUCAGAUGAAGACCCCAGGAAAGGCAUCUGGCUGGAAGGAGGCCGGACGCUGGACUAUUACAUGCUGAGAAAUGGGGACAUUCUGGAGUAUAAGAAAAAACAGAGACCUCAGAAGGUAAAAAUGCUGGAUGGAGCAGUGAAGACCAUCAUGGUGGAUGAUUCCAAAACUGUGGGAGAGCUGCUGGUCACCAUCUGCAGUAGAAUAGGAAUCACAAACUAUGAAGAGUACUCUCUCAUUCAGGAGGUGGUGGAGGAGAAGAAAGAUGAAGGGACGGGCACACUGAAGAAAGACAGAACUCUACUGAGGGAGGAGAGGAAGAUGGAGAAGCUCAAAGCCAAACUGCACACAGAUGAUGACUUAAAUUGGUUGGAUCAUGGACGUACAUUCAGAGAACAGGGAGUCGAGGAGAGUGAAACUCUACUGUUGAGACGGAAGUUUUUCUACUCUGAUCAAAAUGUGGACUCGCGAGAUCCUGUUCAGCUCAAUCUGCUCUAUGUGCAGGCGCGUGAUGACAUUCUGAAUGGUUCUCAUCCUGUGUCAUUUGACAAGGCGUGUGAAUUUGCUGGAAUUCAAGCACAGAUCCAGUUUGGGCCUCAUAUAGAACAUAAACACAAAUCUGGAUUUCUGGACUUGAAGGAAUUUCUGCCUAAGGAAUACAUAAAACAGAGAGGAGCAGAGAAGAAGAUUUUUCAGGAACAUAAGGCUUGUGGUGAAAUGACUGAGAUUGAAGCCAAAGUGAAGUAUGUGAAGCUUGCAAGAUCCCUCAGAACAUAUGGAGUGUCUUUCUUCUUAGUGAAGGAAAAGAUGAAAAGUAAAAAUAAACUGGUCCCAAGGCUGCUGGGUAUUACCAAAGAAUCAGUGAUGAGAGUGGAUGAGAAAACCAAAGAUGUGGUUCAGGAGUGGCCACUUACUACAGUGAAAAGAUGGGCCGCCUCACCUAAGAGCUUUACACUGGAUUUUGGGGAGUAUCAAGAGAGCUACUACUCUGUUCAGACCACCGAGGGGGAGCAGAUAUCUCAGCUUAUAGCUGGUUACAUUGAUAUAAUUCUCAAGAAGAAACAAAGCAAAGACCGCUUUGGCUUAGAGGGAGAUGAGGAGGCCACCAUGUUAGAGGAAUCCGUUUCUCCGAAAAAAUCUACCAUAUUGCAGCAGCAGUUUAACCGUGUCGGACAGGCAGAGCAUGGCUCUGUGGCACUGCCCGGUAUCUUGAGGUCAGGUUCUGUCGGCCCAGAAACACUGAACAUGGGCACCGUGCCCUCUCCACAACAACAGAUCACCACUGGACAGAUGCAUCUUGGACAUAUGCCUCCACUGAGUGCAGCCCAGCAGGCUCUCGUGGGAACCAUUAACACCAGUAUGCAAGCAGUGCAGCAGGCACACACAGACCUACAGGAGGUGGAAGAGCUGCCUCCACUUGGAGAUGAUAUGGCUUCUAAAAUGUGGAUUCAGAACAAAAUGGAUGAGUCCAAGCAUGAUAUUCACUCUCAGGUGGACGCUAUAACUGCUGGAACUGCCUCUGUGGUUAAUCUUACCGCUGGGGACCCGACAGACACGGAUUAUACAGCAGUAGGCUGUGCGAUCACCACCAUCUCCUCUAAUCUGACGGAGAUGUCAAAAGGGGUGAAGCUGCUGGCGGCUCUGAUGGAAGAUGAGGUGGGCAGUGGACAGGACCUCAUGAGGGCUGCCAGGACCCUCACCGGAGCUGUAUCUGACCUUCUUAAAGCUGUGGAGCCUGAAUCAGGAGAGCCACGACAGACAGUUCUGACCGCAGCCGGCAGCAUUGGUCAAGCCAGUGGAGAUUUGCUUAAACAGAUUGGAGAGAAUGAAACGGACGAGCGCUUCCAGGUACACAGGAGUCUUUUAAGGAACACAAUGUACAUUUGUGUUUUUAUCGUCUUGAGUGUUUGUGCUCGUGUGUUUCAGGAUGUGCUAAUGAACCUAGCUAAAGCUGUGGCUAAUGCAGCAGCCAUGAUGGUUCUGAAGGCCAAGAACGUGGCACAGGUUUCUGAAGACAGUGUUUUGCAGAACAGGGUUAUUGCAGCUGCGACCCAGUGCGCCCUGUCCACGUCCCAACUAGUGGCCUGUGCCAAGGUUGUGAGCCCCACGAUCAGCUCCCCUGUGUGUCAGGAGCAGCUGAUUGAAGCAGGGAAGCUGGUGGACCGUUCAGUGGAAGGUUGUGUGAAGGCCUGUCUGUCAGCUACCAGUGACGGAGAGCUUCUCAAGGCCGUCAGCGCAGCAGCUGGUAUCGUCACACAGGCUCUAAGUGACCUACUCACACACGUGAGGAACUACGCCACACGCGGGGAACCCAUUGGACGCUACGACCAGGCCACGGACACCAUCAUGACAGUCACAGAGAGUAUUUUCAGCAGCAUGGGCGAUGCUGGUGAGAUGGUACGACAGGCUCGGGUUCUUGCCCAGGCGACCUCUGACCUGGUGAAUGCCAUGAGAUCAGAUGCUGAGGUGGAGGUGGAUGUGAACAACUCCAAGAAGCUUCUUGCAGCUGCUAAACUGCUUGCAGAUGCCACUGCUCGAAUGGUCGAGGCUGCAAAGGGAGCUGCUGCAUACCCUGAAAAUGAAGACCAGCAGCACAAACUCCGGGAGGCUGCAGAGGGGCUGCGUGUGGCCACAAAUGCAGCUGCACAAAACGCCAUUAAGAAGAAACUCAUAACAAGACUGGAGAAUGCUGCUAAACAAGCUGCGGCCGCUGCAACUCAAACCAUUGCGGCAUCCCAGAACGCAGCAGCCUCCAACAAGAACACUGCUGCCCACCAACAACUUGUUCAAAGCUGCAGGGCUGUAGCUGACCAUAUUCCUCAGCUGGUGCAGGGAGUGAGGGGCAGUCAGGGUCAGCCAGAGGAUGAUAGUGCCCAACUUGCCCUCAUCAUUGCCAGUCAGAACUUCCUCCAGCCUGGAAGUAAGAUGGUGUCUUCAGCGAAGUCAUCUGUGCCGACUGUGACGGAUCAGGCGGCAGCCAUGCAGCUUGGGCAGUGUGCAAAGAACCUGGCCACCUGCCUGGCUGAACUCCGCACUGCUGCACAGACGGCUCAUGAGGCGUGUGGCCCCAUGGAGAUCGACUCUGCCCUUGUUGCUGUGCAGACGCUUAAGAAUGAACUCCACGAUGCAAAAAUGGCAGCUUCCGAGGGACAGCUGAAACCUUUACCUGGGGAAUCAUUGGAAAAAUGCACUCAGGAUCUAGGUGGCACAUCUAAGGCUGUUGGUUCCUCAAUGGCUCAACUGCUUACCUGUGCAGCACAGGGAAAUGAGCAUUACACAGGUGUAGCUGCCAGUGAAACUGCCCAGGCUCUUAAGACGUUAGCACAGGCUGCGAGGGGUGUUGCUGCCACCUCAUCAGACCCUGCUGGAGCUGCAGCCAUGUUGGAUUCUGCUCGCGAGGUUAUGGAAGGAUCAGCUAAAUUAAUUUCUGAAGCCAAGGAGGCGCUGGUUGCUCCUGGUGACGCAGAGAUACAAAAGAGGCUAGCUCAGGUCGCAAAGGCUGUGUCCCACUCACUGAAUGCAUGUGUGAACUGUCUACCUGGACAAAAGGACGUUGAUAUGGCUCUGAAAAGCAUCGGAGAAGCCAGCAAAAAACUGCUUGUAGAGACGCUCCCUCCCUGCAGUAAGUCCUUCCAGGAGGCUCAGAGUGACCUGAACCAGACUGCAGCCGAUCUGAACCAGUCUGCAGGUGAUGUGGUCCAUGCCUCUAGAGGAACCACUAGCCAGCUUGCAGAUGCUUCUGGAAAGUUCAGUGAGGACUUCGAUGAGUUUCUGGAUGCUGGCAUUGAGAUGGCAGGCCACACCCAGAGUAAGGAUGAUCAAAUGCAAGUGGUUGGGAAUUUGAAGAACAUCUCAAUGGCCUCCAGUAAGCUGCUGUUGGCUGCUAAGUCUUUAUCUGUGGACCCUGCAGCAGGCAAUGCAAAGAACCUUCUCGCUGCUGCUGCCAGAAUGGUGACUGACAGCAUCAAUCAGCUGAUUACACUGUGUACCCAGAAUGCCCCAGGACAGAGGGAAUGUGACAAUGCUCUAAGAGAGCUUGAGGCUGUUAGGGGACUUCUAGAUAACCCAAACGAGCCAGUCAAUGAUCUCUCCUACUUUGACUGCAUUGAAAGUGUCAUGGAGAACUCUAAGAUUCUCGGUGAGUCUAUGGCCGGGAUCUCUCAUAACUGCAAGACAGGAGAUGUUCCAGCAUUUGGAGACUGUGUGGGUGGAGCCUCUAAAGCUCUGUGUGGUCUGACCGAAGCAGCUGGACAGGCUGCUUACCUAGUGGGUGUGUCUGACCCCAACAGCCAAGCUGGACAUCCAGGCUUAGUGGAUCCUAUCCAGUUCGCUCGUGCUAAUCAGGCAAUCCAGAUGGCUUGCCAAAAUCUUGUUGACCCAGACAGUAGUCCUUCCCAGGUGCUCUCAGCUGCCACCAUAGUUGCUAAGCACACCUCUGCGCUGUGUAAUGCUUGCCGAUUGGCCUCGUCUAAGACCGCAAACCCUGUGGCUAAAAGACACUUCGUGCAGUCAGCCAAAGAAGUGGCCAACAGCACAGCCAACCUGGUCAAAACAAUCAAGGCUUUGGAUGGAGAUUUCUCUGAGGAAAACCGUGGGAAAUGCCGUGUUUCCACAGCGCCGCUCAUCGAAGCUGUUGACAAUCUGACCACGUUUGCUUCCAAUCCAGAGUUUGCUAGUGUUCCUGCGCAGAUUAGUAGAGAAGGUUCUGCUGCACAGGAGCCAAUCAUCCAGUCGGCACGCGCCAUGCUUGAUAGCUCCACCCACCUUUUGAAGAUAGCUAGGUCAUUGGUUAUGAACCCUAAAGAUCCACCCACAUGGUCAUUACUAGCGAGCCAUUCGCGCACUGUAUCAGACUCCAUCAAGAGCCUCAUUACUGCGAUCAGGGAUAAAGCCCCUGGCCAGAAGGAAUGUGACUCAGCCAUUGAUAAUAUCAAUAAAUUCAUUCGAGAUAUUGAGCAGGCCUCUCUUGCAGCUGUCAGCCAAAAUCUUUCUCGUAGAGACGAAGUUUCAUCUGAGGCUUUGCAGGAGCAGUUAACAUCAUCUGUUCAGGAGGUGGGUCACCUGAUUGAGCCGAUUUCCACAGCAGCAAAAGGAGAAGCAGCCCAGCUGGGUCAUAAGGUCUCUCAGUUGGUCAGUUACUUCACUCCUCUGGUUUCCGCUUCUAUGGGUAUGGCUUCCAAAAUCUUGGAUCAUCAGCAGCAGAUGAACCUUCUGGAUCAGACCAAGACUCUUGCCGAGUCUGCUCUACAAAUGCUGUACGCUGCCAAAGAAGGUGGUGGAAACCCAAAGGCUGUUCAUACCCAUGAUGCCAUAGCAGAAGCUGCACAGUUGAUGAGGGAAGCUGUUGAUGACCUCUUGCUGACCCUGAAUGAAGCUGCUAGUGAGGUUGGCAUGGUCAGUGGCAUGGUGGAUUUGAUUGCUGAUGCCAUGGGCAAGUUAGGUGAAGGUACCCCACCAGAACCAGAAGGUUCAUUUGUAGAAUAUCAGACCACCAUGGUGAGAUACUCCAAAGCUAUUGCUGUCAGUGCACAGGAGAUGAUCACUAAAUCAGUGAGUGCUCCGGAGGAUCUGGGCAGUUUGGCCUCUCAGGUCACUGCAGACUACAGUCAGCUUGCAGUUCAGGGACGUCUGGCUGCUGCUACUGCUGAACCAGAGGAGAUCAGUUUCCAGAUAAAGACCCGAGUGCAGGAACUGGGGCACGGCUGCAUUGUGCUUGUUCAGAAGGCUGGAGCGCUGCAGAUCAGUCCAUCUGACUCGUUCACAAAGAGAGAACUUAUUGAGUGCGCACGUGCUGUCACAGAGAAGGUGUCUAUGGUGCUUUCGGCAUUGCAAGCUGGUAAUAAGGGCACUCAAGCCUGUAUCACUGCUGCCAGUGCUGUAUCAGGCAUCAUCGCUGACCUGGACACCACCGUCAUGUUUGCUUCUGCUGGCACACUCAAUGCUGAGAACGAUUCAGACUCCUUCGCUGAUCACAGGGAGAAUAUUCUGAAGACAGCCAAAGCACUGGUGGAGGACACUAAGAACCUUGUUUCAGGUGCAGCAUCAAGUCAAGAGAAGCUGGCCCAGGCCGCCCAGUCUUCUGCCAAGACCAUCACACAGCUUACAGAUGUGGUGAAAUUGGGAGCAGCCAGCAUAGGCCCGGAUGACCCAGAAACACAGGUGGUGCUGAUCAACGCAGUGAAGGAUGUUGCUAAAGCUUUAGCUGAGCUCAUUAGUGCCACCAAGUGUGCAGCAGGAAAAGCAGCAGAUGACCCUUCCAUGUUCCAGCUCAAGAGUGCGGCCAAGGUUAUGGUAACUAAUGUAACAUCCUUACUGAAAACGGUGAAGGCAGUGGAGGAUGAGGCUUCAAGAGGAACCAGAGCUCUGGAAGCCACUAUCGAGUGCAUCAAACAGGAACUCACAGUGUUUCAGUCUAAAGAAGCCCCUGAGAAAUCAACCACUCCAGAGGAGUUCAUUCGCAUGACGAAGGGCAUCACCACAGCCACCGCCAAAGCUGUUGCAGCAGGAAACUCUGCCAGACAGGAAGAUGUCAUCUCCACAGCAAACCUCAGCCGCAAGGUCAUAGCCGAUAUGCUGACCACGUGCAAGCAAGCUGCGUAUCAUGAGGAAGUGAGUGAAGAGGUCAGGAGCAGAGCUCUGUUAUAUGGCACUGAAUGUACCAAUGGAUAUAUAGAGCUCCUAGAACAUGUCCUACAGGUCUUACAGAAGCCAACAGGUGACCAGAAACCGAAAUUGGCGACGUUCUCUAAAAAGGUUGCUGCAGCCGUCACUGAACUGAUUCAAACAGCGGAGGCAAUGAAAGGCACUGAGUGGGUCGACCCUGAGGAUCCUACGGUGAUCGCCGAAACAGAGUUAUUGGGAGCUGCGGCCUCAAUCGAAGCAGCAGCCAAGAAACUUGAGCAGCUCAAACCAAGAGCCAAACCAAGGCAAGCUAAUGAGAAUUUAGACUUUGAAGAGCAGAUUCUUGAGGCAGCCAAAUCUAUCGCCGCAGCCACCAGCGCUCUUGUAAAAUCAGCUUCAGCUGCUCAGCGAGAACUCGUAGCCCAGGGCAAGGUGGGAGCCAUCCCUGCUAAUGCUGUGGAUGAUGGACAAUGGUCCCAAGGGCUAAUAUCUGCUGCACGCAUGGUUGCCGCAGCCACCAGUAGCCUCUGUGAGGCAGCGAAUGCAUCGGUCCAAGGUCAUGCCAGUGAAGAAAAGCUCAUCUCUUCUGCCAAACAAGUGGCUGCUUCCACUGCACAGCUGCUGGUGGCGUGCAAGGUUAAAGCUGAGCAGGAUUCAGAGGCUAUGAGGAGGCUACAGGCUGCAGGCAAUGCUGUGAAACGGGCCUCUGACUGUCUGGUUCGAGCGGCCCAGAAAGCUGCUUUCAACAAGGCAGAUGAUGAUAAUGUGGUGGUCAAGACCAGGUUUGUAGGAGGAAUUGCUCAGAUUAUUGCUGCUCAGGAGGAGAUGUUGAGGAAGGAGAGGGAGCUGGAAGAGGCCCGUAAGAAGCUAGCGCAGAUCAGACAACAGCAGUACAAGUUCCUGCCAAGUGAACUCCGAGAGGAUGAGGACUAAACAGAAAUACUAGCUUCCCUUUGAUCAAAUUAUCCACCAUUUGAUUUUUGCCUUCAGGACACAUGAAUUUCAAAAGUGCAGUCCAUACGACAAAUACUGAACUGAUGAAGGGUUAUUGAUUCAGUUGACUGGAUUGUGAAUUUUUAAAUAUUUAACCUCUUGAACAUUUCAAACCGUCUCGUCUCUUUAACCGUAAAUGUGUUCAUCACCCUCAUGAAGAAGCUUCAAAUUUCUGGCAUGAAUCUGAAUUUGUGAAUGUGUGCAUGAAGAUUUUGGAAGCACAUUACCAUGUGCUCAGAACAGCCAGGUUUACACUUUUGGGAUCGGAGUGUUGAGGAAGAAAUAAAUGAACUCCGUUCGAUUUCAGUCGUUUAAAAUAAAGCAUUUAUUGGGUUUCAAACAAGGUGGAGACUUUGCUUACGUCAUUUAAAGUCAAGAAGAAAAGAAACCUGAUUUUAAGAGACUCCAGUUGAAUGUUUAACAUUUGUACAUUUUGUAAUGGUGAGAUACAUUUUUAUGCUUCACUUUCAUUGCUUCACUAAGUAUACAAAUAAAGAUAUUUAUGUAGACAAGCAAAUGUGCGAAAAUGUGCAAUGUAAAACAAAACCACUCAGAAUAAGUGUCUAAAAUGCAUCAUCUCCAAUGAAUUCUUCUUGCUGCCCAUACGCUUUGAGAAUGUAAUGAGCGGAUCUAGUGAUUGGUGGAUUAAAUCGAGAGAAUCAGAAAGCCAUACUAACCUCAGAGGAUCUGUGGAAAUUCCAUCUCUAACCCCAUAGAACUGAUGUUAUACCACAGUAAAAUAUUUCUUACAAGAAUGAAAUCCAAAUACUGAAUGUAUAUUCAAUUAUAAUGGAAUCGCUCCUAUUGUUGUUUUGGGCACAAGGAUGUAUGUUCAAAAGGACAUGUUGUUCUUCACUUUAUGUAGAGCCAGACAUACUUUGAGUGACUUUUCUUCUUUUGCUGAAAUGACUGGCCACUGCAGUAUUUUACAGUGCUGUUUGUUGCUGCUUUUAUUUUCUCUUCAUUAUGUCUUCUUUUUCUAACUAUUUUUCAGAUUUUUGACCUUAUGCUCUAGUGUGUCUCUUUUAAGCUUGUAUUUGGUCAUAUGCAACUCUGGAAAUCUGUUAGUGCUUUAUUGCUUUGCCACAGCAACUCUUCAGUCUCUGGCUUUAUGUACAUUUAGUUUCAGUGCCUUAGUUUAUCACUGUCAAAUGAACGUAUCAGUUCUCUGACUGUAGGAGACAAGAUCAGGUGUUUAUACAGUAUUCUGGCUUGCAUUCACCAUAGUGUGUGUGUGUGUGUCUCUCGAAGCUGAGAUGCUGCUAAUCUGUUACUAAUUUUGUGCUCUGAUGCUCAGAGUUGGAAUGGUUCGAGUUGGUAAUUACUACAGAAAGUCAUUGUCAUAAAGUGGCCUGUGAAACUCACUUUAAGCAGUUCCCCCUUUAGAUCUGCCUAGAAAGUGUCUUGUCUACUUUAUGUUGCUGUAAUUGUGUAUGGCUUACAUACAAAUGUAUGACUGUAUGUUAAGACAGCACACUUUUGUACUGCAUUUCUUGUGCAUGCUCCAUUACAUUUAAUGGCAGAGUUGAAGAAUGGGCUAAAUGUUGCCAGCUCAUGCAUUGUCUAGACUAAAAUAUUAAGAAAGUCCUGAAUGUGACUCCACAUUUAGUGAAAACCAAUUGAUUUAGUUUUAUUUGUGGGUGUCUUUGAAUGACUGCCUGUAAGAGCACUGCAGUAAAUCAAGUUAUACAUGUAAAACUUCUGCAUAUAUGGAAGAACAUUUUAACUGAAAAUAAAGGGUUUCAAUUUAGUUCUCUUCA